GUUGCUGCGCGCAGGUAAAGAACAAGCGACUCCGAAAGGAAACAUUUAUCCUCGGGUGAAAGCAAACAGUGGGAUGGGAACUGGCCGUCCGCACAAAGCUCUUCGCGCGGAACAACCACGAAGGCGACACAUUUAAGUUCGUGGAGGAAGGUGUGGGUAGGGAGGGAGGGGGGGGGGGGGGGGAGAAGAAAGUGCUGUUGUGUCAACCGUCGUUUGUGUCGCGGGCACGCUUCUCCGCAGCAGCAACUUGGACAGCUGCGUGCUUGCCAGCCAGCAACAAAGAAUGAAAGCAUUCAAACGAACUCUAGAAGAAGAGCGUCACAUGGAGCUGGAGCAGUCUUCUGCGAUGUCGGACAGCGAUGACGGCUCGCCGCUUGACCUAUCAGGAAGGGGACUCUUUGGGAAGCGCCGUCGUCGUGGCAACCUGCCCAAAGAAGCGGUGCAGAUUCUAAGGAGCUGGCUGUACGAGCACCGCUUCAACGCUUACCCCUCAGAGCAGGAGAAACUCAGUUUGUCCAGCCAGACCAACCUCUCUGUGCUGCAGAUAUGUAAUUGGUUCAUUAAUGCACGCCGCCGCCUCCUGCCUGACCUGCUCCGAAAAGAUGGCAAAGACCCCACCAAGUUCACAGUCUCCCGUAAAUUGAGUGGCAAGAAUGAGGGCCACUCGUCUGCUGGAGGCGGCGCCAGCUCCCCUGAGACCCACUCGUCCAGCUCCAAUCAACAGCGCCCGUCUGUCAUCCGCACGGCCCCUACAUUGGACCUUAGCAUCCUCGGAAACACCGCCACCGCUAUUCUGACCGGAGCGGGCUAUCCCGGAAAUGACAGCUCUGUUCAGGCGCUGAUGAGGCUUGACACUCAAAGACUGCUGAGGGAGGCCGAGGAGCAAAGAGCUAACACGACGACAUCAACAGCAGCAGCAGCGAGCCCCACUGGCGGGCUCUUCAACACACCUCCCCCGACUCCCCCUGAACUCAUUCCCACUCAGGAUUUUAGUGAUCUGAGGCUUCUGGUUGACGCAGCGCUGCAGAGGGCAGCAGAGCAGGAGAACCUGAACCGGAUCCAGGAGAGUCUAAACAUUCCGAAAGAGACUGUAAAGACUGAGAAGGUGGAGUCUCAGAGUAGCUCUUACACUACUGACAUGGGCCCCACGCCUCCUCCUGAAGACCGCCAGCAAGUCUUGGAUCCAAGCAGGGUCCAGAGUCUGAUGGAGAAGGCUAUGGCAGUCGCUGUGCCAGCCAGGGCUCCAGCUACUCUUCAGUCUUCUGCUACAUCUGCACCAGCUUCAGUCCUGGUCUCAGCCCCCAGAUUGCCCCCCCUUCCCAUGACCAAAGUAAUUUGGAGUCCACUAGAUAAGGACUCCAAGCAGUCACAGCUCAUCCCAGCUCACGUGCCAGCCUUGGUUACGGUGUUCGGGCACCCAAAGUCUGAGAAGCAUUGUACCAACACAGAUCCAUCUCCAGCCUCAAAUAGUCCUCCAGCGCCCGUGAUUAGGCCAGCUACGGUGCCAUCACCAGCACCGGUCCCGGCUACAGGUUCUACCUCCGUCACUGCCACAAGCCAGGCCUCAUCAGCAGCUGUUGCUCUUGUUCCAGCCACUCCUCCUCCAAGCAUCCCUUCGUUCACAGCCCCACUUUACCUGCCCUUCCACAAAUCCCCGAUAUUCUCCCUUGCUGCGCCGUCACCGGUGUCGCCUCCCCUCCUCCCCUCUCCGGUCGUUACCACUGGUCAAGCUCCCUCUCAGUUCCUCAAAUCGUCGAGGUCGUCGGUCACGCCUCUCCUGGGCCUCUCGCCACACCUCACCACAGCCAGCAGCAGCAGCAGGGGUAGCUCAUUGAGGAAUUCAGCAGUGGUGCCCAGCGUUUGGAGCAUGGUCCACGCAGAUGCCAGGCAGUCCAGUCCCCUCCAAGUAGUGAAGGCCCCCAUCACCAGCACAGUGUGGGGCCCACAACACACGGCCUGCACACAGUGAGUGGAACGUGAGUGUUUACCUAUUUUUGCACCAGAGUGGGACUGGCUGUGUUUAAAAAAAAAAUAUAUAAAAAAAAAAAAAACAACAACAAAAAACAAUGUAUUUUCAUCACCACUCCUGAGUGAAUUGAAGCGUGCCUCUGACAUACAGGACUCGUCUUCCUCUUUUGCUCUUCUUUUAAAGAGCUGCUGGUUUAAGCAACUUUUUCUUCUUUUUUUAAAUGCUCUAGAAUCAAGCAGCUGCUGUUACCAACACUGUGAGCGUUCCAUUCAGUGCACAUGAAUAGUAGUGUGCGGUUUGUGAUGCCUUCAGUAGCAAUCUUUCUCGAAAUUACAAAAGGUAUUCAAACAUGUUCCAAUGGUUACAUUUGUUUUUACUCUGUUACACUAACAUAGUCCUCGUUUUUACAAUUCAAAAGAUCCUCAUUGGCUUUUUUUCUCAUGGGGGUUAACUGGAUUAAAUUAUGACUUUCUUCAGUAAUGCUGUACCAUUUUUUUUUUUUUCCCCAAUCACCUUGUCUUUAUUUUAUUGCCAAAGGAUUUUUCUUUCUGUGUGAUGUUAUCAUUACGAACCACUCUGUUCUGGUCCUUUUUUGCCAUCCAUUCCAACAGUAUUGUCCUUGAGGGGCUUGCGGAAUGAAAGGAGCGGGUUACAUUGGGUCUGAAACUGAAGUCGAUGGCGGUGUAGUGUGUAGCAGCUCGAUGACAUCAUUCUCAUCGUGCCUCUCCGUUACAUCUGACUCUGCACCUUUUUGUCUGAGGCAAUAGACUUAAGUGACCUUGUGAGACCCUAGCUUACUAUUUUGCCAAAGCUGAACGUUGUAAAACUGAGAAAUGUUUAUGAAGGCAUCUUUCAUGUUUUUCCCCUUUUCAUCUGUGCUUUAGAAAUGUCCAAUCAUUCAUGAAAUCGUAGUUUCCAUGAAACUGUCUUUAGAAUAACUGCAAAAUAUUUGUGCGGCUGAAUGUCGAUGUCAUAGAGAUACUGUAGCAGAACUGUCAGGUUCCUGUUUACCAGAGUCAUUGAACCAUGGCCAGUUUGUACCAUUACGUAUGUUGCAUGUGCAAAGAGAUGGGUGACUUUUUGAUGCCGCUCCAGUUCCUUCUAGCUGUUUGUUCACUUAGAAUCUCAAUACUGUCAGUUCUUUUCACGUUUUGUUCAUGUUAUUAAUGGAUGUGCAUGUAUACCUCAUUUUACACAGGUCACGCCAGCAUUAGGUCUUGCUUAGAGAACUAAUUAUUAAAGUAAAUUUUUUUUCUUUUUGUUUUUUUAUUAUUAUAUAUUUUUUUAAAAUCAUUAUUACUACUACUACAAUGUGGGUUGUGAUUCUGGAGAUGCCUGGUUAAAAGAAUUAAAGGAAAAUGUUUUAGAAUAGCAUGAUUUUGUAUGUUUUAGAUGGUUGACAUUCCAAUUGGGAAAAACUCAUGUAUGUAAAUAUUUACAAGGUCAAGGCGUUUUAGUUUGGUAAUGACAUAUUUAUCUCGGAAAUUGUCAUUUCUUCACUGCCAAACCCAUUCAAAAAUCUUGAUGUUACUGACAGUUAGCAGUGUGACUGGCUUUUGUGCCUUAAACCUUCGACUGAGGGAUUGAUGAUGUCCCCCCAGACCCAGUUUGUUUGUUUAUUUAUAUAUAUAUAUAUAUAUAUAUAUAUAUAUAUAUAUACAUACACACACACACAUGCGCUCAAUAGUUUGUGCAAUAUAUGCCUUAAACUUUAAGUGAGUUUUGUAUCAGCAUUUCAAAGUAA